UUAAGUACUUACACUAAGUUUCUAACUAAAGUAUUUUAACUUUAAAUAAAUGUAUCUAAGUAAUAUGAGUUAUUAAUUAUGUACUUCAAAUAAAACUAACACUAUGUUCAGUUACGACGUAAAGUUCAUAACAAGUGACGAUUCUAUUUGUUUAAAAAACACCGAAUUCAAAAGUUUGAAGUAUGAAACAAAGAAAAAGGUUGAUGAAUCUAUUCACGAUCAUGGAAAAAGGAGUUUCUGUGAACGGCGCGGUGGACUCUGGUGGUCAACAAGACCGAGACAACUCCGUCAAUUAGAAUCCAAACUCCGUGAAAGAAAUAUAGUGUACAGUGAAUGGACUACAGACUCCCUAUGCACCUUAGUAUUUUCUUCAGGUGUCAUAGCAUACAUAACAGUAAAAUGCAAUACAUUAGACAUGACCCACAUAUUAUUUGAUAGGUACUGUGUGGGCAAACUUAACGGACAAAUGGUAACCGGUGUUGUUUUAUGUAAAUCGCUCUUAUUGUUCACUCAUACUGAUAAAACGGGCACAUUGAUCACAUUUGGCAAAAACAUUGAUAACAGUCUUCCCAUACAAAUCUCAGAUAGAGAUCCACAUUUACAGAUUAUAAAUCUAGGUGGCAGUGCAAGGAGGGCUGAUAGACGCGUGUCCUCUUGUGAAUCGUCCACCUAUGUUCGCAUACUAGUGUGGGGUGCCACGAUAAUAGAACCAGCUCCCUGGAGUCCUGUGCUAGAGGACCAUGCUAACUUACAUCUUUACCAGAUAAAUGGGCAGCAAAUGACAUUAUUAGCGUAUCAUCAGUUGGAGAAUGAAGUACUCUUUGCCGAAAUAUCACACAAACAUGAUCACAUUGUUCAUGUUUUAGAGCAAAUAGCUUGUCAUAAGAAUGGCGUUAAUUUAAUAUGGCUACGAUACGAAAUACCAGAGGGAGAGAAUAGAAUUACUAAGUUAUCCAGCCUCCGUGAAAAUGUAACCAGAGUUUGUUUGCCUGCGCCUGCUAGAGUCGCGCGGCGGUCACCCUGUGACUCGAGACUGCUUGUGUCUUGUAUUGAUGCCUCAAUACACGUUGUCCAUCACAUUACUGGGCUCACUCAUUCCACUAGAGCAGGAUUUAUAGCCACAGACGUGCGAUGGGCGGGCGAGUUGAUAGUGGCUACAGAGGAAGCGGGCAGGCUGCAAUGUUUCGACCGCGCCCUCUCUUUGUUACACCAUCACACCAAAUGUUUGGACCUCACUUCUUACAUGCGGGAUGCGAAACGUGUACAAAUAUUGGCGAGCCUCACUCUUAGAGGCGGUCCUCUUAUCUUGGCCUCAUUUACCGGAGGGCCCUUGACGCUGCUACGGAUCACACACGCCCGACUGUUAUCGGCUUGGAUACGCUCUUGUCGUACAACUAACGCAGUGGCUCUACUUCGGGCUCUCGAUUGGGAGGAGGAAGGGGCAGAAUGCCUCAACGCGAUAAGUGAAAUUGUACGCAAUGCACUUCGUAAAGGUGCUUUAGGGGAGAGCGGGGAAGUGGUGCAGAUGGCACUGGGCGCGUAUUUAGCGCCGAGUGUGCCUCUACCUGCAAUGGCCACCAAAUACGCGCCAGCUGUACAUGACUUGGCCAGGAAGUUCUUCCACCAUUUGCUAAGACGCGGUCGUAUCGAAAAGGCGCUCAGUCUAGCGGUAGAUUUGGCGGCAUGGGAUCUGUUUGUUGACGCGAGGUGGGCUGCCAAAAAACACAACCUGCCACAUCUCGUCGAAGAGGCAAGCACUUGCGCGGCACAUUAUGCAAGGCUUGACGGACCUGAUUCCGAAUGCUCCGAGUCUUGUUCACAAUGCAGUUCGCAUUCAUACUCCGGUUCGGAAGACGAAUCGAGUUCGUCCCCCAAACCGAUAAAAAGUAACCCCCCACCUCUCCCUCGAGUCCCUAUGCCUCCCCAUCCGUCUAUUCUCACCGUGCCGAUAACCCAAAAUGAACCGUACACAACAAACAGUAUCAGACCAAACCUGCACCAAUAUCUUGAACGUGACACCACAAUUUGGGCCAAGGAUAUACCUUUGAGAGACGAUACCUGCAUAAGGAGCAUGUAUAAAAGGGACAUAAAACCGAUAAACACAGUCCCAAAUGUCCGAUGGAAUAGUAUGGACAAUGUACUCAACUGUCAAAGACCUCCUAUAAAUUCUGUAAACUAUGAAUAUACGAAGGCAACUCAAAGCGUAUUGGAUAUCCUUCCUCGGAACCAAGACGAUAGGAUAGCAUCGCAUUUCAAACACUUAUUUCAAACCGAACUGAAGGAAGAAUCUAACGAUAGAUACAUCGCGAACAUUUCAAACAAUAGCAACUUUAAUGGCCGAUAUCCUCAAGACAAAUACUGGACGGGCGUGAAACCUGAAAAGAACAAGGUCAAAUUCUCCGACACAGUUAAAAUUGCAGUUGUUUCAGAAAGUCUAAGUCCUAACCCAGCGCACGAGUUGGCUGCCAGCCUGCCGCUGUGUCCACCGCACAAGUACCUAACCGCGUUCGCGCCGCUCCCCCCUCCGCAAGCGCCGGCCACGCCCGCCACCCACCCGCCCGAUAGCGCUGCUCAAAAGGUCCCUAAGAUUAAAGUUGUACAUUUUGGAAUGGUGUAACCCUAUAUAAAUAGUUUAUAAUUUAGCAUAGAUAUAGGUGAGUUUAAAUAACCACUGUAUUCCGUCCAUAUUUAUUAGCUUUAAUACUUAAAUUAAGACAUUAUUAAUAAAUAAUUACAGACUUAA